AUGCUUCAAGAAAUCAUCGGUCCCUUUCAGGCCGAUCAAUUCGAUGUUUUGAAAUCCAUCUGUGACCAUCUUCUUGAAGAUGACGGUGAUAGUUUCAGCGCAACAUAUGCUGCACCAUCUCCUGCAAACAUGUACUCAAGGAGUUCAAGCUUCGGCAAUCUAUUGCUGACGGAGAGUUGGAGCGAACUACCCCCAAAAGUCGACGACUCGGAGGACAUGUUGGUGUACAGCGCUCUGCGCGAUGCACUCAAUUCCGGGUGGACCAUCCCUUUGGCUUCGAAUCAAGAACUUGGUUUCGAAGUGAUGGCCAUUGAUGACAACAGCAAUGGUCUGGCUUUGAAUCAAGAACUUGAUUUCGAAGUGACGGCCAUUGAUUACGAUGCCAUUGAUCCAGUCACGGAGAAGAAACCGGAGAUGGUGGAGCAUGGGGUUCAAGGGCCGGUGGAGAAGACACAUUAUAGAGGAGUGAGGAGGAGACCGUGGGGAAAAUAUGCAGCGGAGAUAAGGGACCCCAAGAAGAACGGGGCAAGAAUGUGGCUCGGAACUUACAAGACCCCCCAGGAUGCGGCAUUGGCCUAUGACCGAGCCGCUUUUAAGAUGAAGGGGUCCAAGGCCAAGCUCAACUUCCCUCUUCUCAUCGGUUCAGCCGAGUACGAGCCUGUCAGGGUCAACCCCAAGCGUCGAUCUGCUGAGCCUAGGUCGCUGUCUACAUCCAUUGAUGACGGAUUGACGAAGAGGACGAAGAAGAGAAAGGGAGAGAUCAAUGUUGAUGCUGAGGUGGAUUUUGGAAAUCCAAUCCCUUUUCACAUAUUAGAAAUGGGUAUCUUGAGUGGAGACGAACAAUUCUGA